AUGAGCUACUCGGCACCGAAGCUUCGAGAUUCCUCUCUUUUUGUCGAUAAGAACUACAUUGAUGGCCAGUGGAUCGAUUCGGUAUCCGGCAAAUCAUUCAACGUUUACGAUCCUGCCAAUGGAGUAUUUAUCGGCUCAUGCCCAGAGUCCGUAGCUCAAGAUGCAGAGACAGCCAUCAAUGCCGCAGCUGGUGCACUCCCCGCCUGGCGCUCUCGCACUGGCCGAGACCGUUCAAGAGUUCUGCGCCGAUGGUACGAAUUGGUGAUAGAAGACAAAGAAGACUUAGCAACUCUGAUUACAUGGGAAAAUGGCAAGGCAGGACUUGAUGCAGCAGGUGAGGUCCAAUUUGCAGCAAGCUUCCUCGAAUGGUUUGCUGAAGAGGCUCCCCGUGUUUAUGGAGAUGUGAUUCCUCACAGUCAACCCGGGUUUCGAGUCUCUGUUCUCAAGGAGCCCAUUGGUGUGGUUGGUCUUAUUACACCAUGGAAUUUCCCUGCCGCUAUGAUCACCCGAAAGCUUGGUCCUGCUCUUGCAGUAGGAUGCACUGCCGUUGUCAAAACAGCAGGCGAGACACCCUUCACUGCCAAUGCCCUUUUAGUCCUAGCAGAGAGGGCUGGUGUUCCCAAGGGCGUUAUUAACAGUGUUUCCGCUUUGGAGAAUACACCCGAAAUUGGUCUCGCCCUGUGCACCUCCAACACCGUCCGAAAGAUAUCCUUCACAGGCUCAACUCGCGUCGGAAAAAUUCUCAUGAACCAGUCCAGCAAUACCCUGAAGAAGCUGAGCCUAGAGCUUGGUGGAAAUGCCCCGUUCAUAGUUUUUGACGACGCAGAUCUUGAUCUGGCAGUUGCCGGCGCAGUCGCCAGCAAAUUCAAGUCAUCCGGUCAGACAUGUGUCUGCUCCAAUCGGAUCUUUGUUCAGAAGGGAAUUUAUAAUGAGUUUGUGAAAAAGCUCAAUGCUGUUGUUGCAGGUUUCAAGGUGGGGCCUGGUUUCGAUAGUAAGACUACUCAUGGUCCUCUAGUUACACCUGGUGCCGCCGAUCGCGUGGAGAGCCUCAUUGCAGAUGCUGUUAAGUCAGGCGCCAAGGUUGAGGCUGGAGGUAGAAGGCGUAUUGAUAUCGGUAAUUCUCCUUUGAGCCCCGAUAAUCAACCCAUCCCGCUAAUCACCUUGGAUAUAGGACAAAACUUCAUCGAGCCUACUAUUAUGACCAAUGUGACUCCCAAUAUGCGACUGAUGCAAGAGGAAAUAUUUGGCCCAUUAGCACCAAUCUUUUCCUUCGACACCGAGGACGAAGUCAUCGAUAUGGCUAACGACUGUGAAGUGGGCCUGGCUUCAUACAUUUUCACCCAGAACAUUGAUCGCGCUUCUCGAGUCACGGAGCUUCUGUCUUUUGGUAUGGUUGGUUUGAACACAGGUGUUAUGUCAGAUGCUCCCGCUCCAUUUGGCGGUAUUAAACAUUCUGGGCUAGGACGUGAAGGAAGCAGAUAUGGCAUUGAAGAUUAA